UCUUUCUGGCAAUGUUCGUCAUGCUCGCUGUAAUGGCAAUAAUGCUUUAUAUGAGGCCUUAGAGGUGGUCCAAAAUGAAAAUGGGCGCCUCUCAAAGAAGAAGAAUUUAGAGUUUGGAGACAGAGUUAGAAGAGUUGAGAGCAAAUGUGGUCACAAGGGUGCACGAUGGGUGGAUGUUGGAGCAGCG